UGGACUCGCAAUAAACUUAUUUAGAGAUAAAUGAGAGCUCACAGCUCAUCUCUGUUCUCCCGAAUCUCCUCAGUCUCAUCUCGUGCCUCGUUAUGUAGAUUCUUUCAUCGGAUGGAGUCUCUUAAAAUGAGCAUUCCCAUUGUGGACUUCGCUGCUUUCAGCAUAAACAAGAGAAGGUUCUCAAACAGACGCCUGCCAGCUCUUAGCAAGCAGCUGGAAACAGCUUUCACAGAAGUUGGUUUCGUCAUUCUGAAGAAUACCGGGAUCAACCAUGCGGAGGUCGCUCGUGUUAUGGAAGUAUCCAAGGAGUUCUUCCUGAUGCCGAAAGAACAGAAAGAACCCUUCAGGAGAAGUAGCUUUUCAGAGAGUGAAAACCACGGCUGGGUGUCUCUGGAGACGGAGAGAUUAAAUGUGCUUCACAGCUUGAAUCCGCCAAGACCUGGAGACCUGAAGGAGGCGUACAACAUCACCUCCCUUCAGUCGGACAUAAAAUGGCCGCCAGCUCCAUUUAAAGAUAUCCACACGUCUUUCUACCAGCGCUGUAAAAAGCUUGGUCUGCGGGUGCUGAGGGUGAUGGCUCACAGUCUGCAUCAGGACCCGGAGGUGUUCCUCCAUACACACGGUCAAAUAGGAAGUAAUAAGAACGCCACCACCCUGCGCUCUCUGUACUAUCCACCAGUGAAGUGCGAGGAGGCCAAGGAGGGGCAGCUGCGAUGUGGAGAGCAUUCAGACUACGGCUCCAUCACCCUGCUGUUUCAGGGCUCUGAAGGACUGCAGGUUCUUAGUCGGUCGGGUGAAUUCAUCGAUGCUCCUUGCAUCCCCGGCGCAGUCCUGGUCAACAUCGCUGACCUGAUGCAGCGCUGGACCAGCGAUCGGUUUGUCUCUGUGCGCCACAGAGUGUUGUUGCCCACGGCUGGAGACCACCGCACACGUCAGUCCUUGGCUUUCUUCGUCCAUCCGGAUGACAAGGCUCUGAUCAGCUGCUGCGACGGCUCCGACAAAUACCCACCAGUCACAGCAGACGAAUACCUCAAAGAGCGCUUCAGAAAAUCUUACGGAUGAAACUGAAUUUCUAAUUAGUUUUUCAUUUUUACAGUUGUUACAGCAAAAGUGAUGGCAUCGAUUCAUGAAGGAACAUUUGCCCUGCUGACCUUUUGAGGUCAUGUCUAGAAAAUCUGUCCAAAUGGUUUAAUGAACUCUAAUCAAAUUGGUGAAUAUUAACUUU